GGCAGUGAGACGUUGCGGCCGCCUUGCUAGGCUGUGGGAGACGCUGGAGGGCGCUUCGCUGGUCGCCCUGUCAGCCAUGGGGACCCUGCGCAAAGUGCUGAUAGCGGGCGCGGUGCUAGGCGCGGGCGCUGGCGUGGGCUCGGCGCUCUUUGUCCUUGUGACCCCGGGAGAGCAGCAGAAGCAGGCGAUGCUGAAGGAGAUGCCGGUGCAGGACCCACAGCGCAGGGACGAGGCGGCCAGGACCAAACAGCUACUGCUGGCCACUCUGCAGGAGGCAGCGGCCACGCAAGAGAACGUGGCCUGGAGGAAGAACUGGAUGAGCCCCGGCGGCGGGAGGUCAGCCUGAGCCCGGACCUGCCCCCGUGAGCGCUGGGGCCUCCGCUCCAGCGCAGGAGCCCUAGGCUGCCUUUCCCCUGCAUGGGCUGGCGGGAAGUCCAGACCCGGAUGCCAUGCGCCGGCCUGUCCGGGACCUGGGGAGAUGCCGCCGGGUGAGCACGUUCCCCCUAAACCCUGCACUGACUGCGCUUUAACGUCCACAUCGCGGGCUGGGGCGUCGGAUGUGGCUAACUGAAGGAACCAAUAAAUCAUGUUCCUCCAUCCGGAGAGUGAACCCUUCGGUUGGACGCCCAUAAAA